AGAAAAGCAAAUAAAAAAAGGACAGAGAAACGACAAAACUGAACUGAGUUUUCCAAAAGGUCACCAAGGAAGAACCAAAUUUCAUCAAACCAUCUCUCUAUCAACCAUGGUGGGGCAGUUGACGGCGACCAAGCCAAGCCGAAGCGACGAGGUGUUGGAUUCGGAUCAGCAGCUGAAGAUCACGAGCCAGAUCAGAGCCCAGUUCGACUCCAUGGCACCAAAACGACCCACCAAGCCCAACAGAAGCGAGCCUGAUCUCUCUUUGUCACCGAGCCCAGUUGAGACCACAAUCGACCAAACCAUUCCUGAACUUGACAAGCUCCGAUCUCUCCAGGCUCAAUCUCAAGUUGUGAUCUCCGAUGAAGGAGAUACAACUGUGACAGAGGAGUUUGUGGAGACUCAGUACUACAGAGAGUUGGAUUCUAUUGAUAAACAGCAUCAUACGACGGGAAGUGGGUUUAUAAAGGUGGUGAAAGAAGGGAGUGAAGAAGGGGAUGAUCAAGUAAUUCAAUUGCGAGAAGGCCAUUUUGGUGGGGUUGGGACGGCGCCUGGGGGUUAUAGAAGCAAUCCUGCGACGAAUGACUGGGUUCCCAAGAUUGAUGAAGAUCAGAUUUUCAUCUCCUCAAAGCCAAAUCGGAGCGAGAUCUCUUAGAUCUGCACUGCAUACACAGAAGGUGAAUUAUGAAUGUUGGGUGAUAGUUUUAUAUAUAUAUGUCGUUAUAAUGGUAAAGAAUAUUAAAUGAGGAUGCGUUUGAUUUAGGCUUGGAAUUUUUAAUUGUUGCAUAUAAAAAUGUGGAUUUUGAAAACUUCAA